AUGACGUUAAAUGCCAGCCAAGUGGGGUUCGCUCUGGAAUCCUGUGUUGUAUGUGCUAGAGCGGUAAGUGCUCCCUAUUGCUCACCACGGGCGGCUGCAGCAUUUGGUUGCAAAGGAACGGCUAUAACAGACCAAACUAGAAAUGAUGUUCUCAGCUUUUUCAACUUCAUACGCCAACGUCUAUCUCAAGGAGAGUACAAUGAGUAUGGGAUAUCAUCUGCAAGUGACAUGAACAAAUUGAGAUGGGACUGCAAUCUAGAGGCAAUUGCUGCGAGACUGGUGCAGAACUGCCCUGAAGACGUACCAUUAUCGAGCGCAGAACACGCAUUGAAUUUCAACUACUACGGACCACACACGGCCGAAGAGGUGCUUAAAAGUCCGAUUACUGCGUCAAUGUGGAAGUGGACAGAGAUUGCAAAUGCCGGCUGGCCAGCCGACAAUGUCUUCAAUGGAAACGAAGUACUGCAUAGUUUUGCUAAUAUGGUUAGUGCAAAUGCGACUGCUGCCGGUUGCUACAGCUCCACUUGUGUCGAACGUGCAUCUUCGGCGUGUGUAUUCUCGCAGUGUGCAAUACCCAAUGGAGUUUUAGUGUAUACCUCCGGAACUCCUUGUGAAAAUGGCGGCCAGUGCGCAAGUCCUAAAACUGGAGUUUGUGAAUACGGAAUUUGUGUGCUCACUGCGUGA